UCCGCCCCCGGGGCGAGGGCCGGGGCGGCGGGCGGAGCGGGCGGGUUUGAAUCGGCGGCGCGGCCGCUCUUCUCCCCGGUCUCCCGCUCCGCCAUGAACUUCUCGGAGCUGUUUAAGCUCUCCGGCCUGCUCGGCAGGUUCUCCCCGGACGGCAAGUGCCUGGCUUCGUGCGUGCAGUACCGUUUGGUGGUUCGGGAUGUGAAUACCCUCCAGAUCCUCCAGCUGUACACUUGCCUGGAUCAGAUCCAGUAUAUAGAAUGGUCGUCUGAUUCUCUGUUCAUAUUAUGUGCCAUGUACAAGCGUGGGAUUGUUCAGGUCUGGUCCUUGGAGCAGCCAGACUGGCACUGUAAGAUAGACGAGGGGUCAGCAGGGUUGGUGGCUUCAUGCUGGAGUCCGGAUGGUCGUCACAUUCUCAAUACAACCGAGUUCCAUCUGCGGAUAACUGUGUGGUCCUUGUGUACAAAAUCUGUAUCUUACAUCAAGUAUCCCAAAGCUUGUCAGCAGGGGAUAGCUUUCACUAAGGAUGGCCGCUAUAUGGCAGUAGCAGAAAGACGUGACUGCAAAGACUUCAUUAGCAUCUUCGUAUGCAGUGACUGGCAGCUACUGAGACAUUUUGACACUGAAACGCAAGAUCUGUUUGGGAUUGAAUGGGCUCCUAAUGGCUGUGUUCUGGCAGUGUGGGAUACGUGUCUGGAGUAUAAAGUAUUGCUGUACUCCCUCGAUGGCAGACUGCUAUCCACGUAUCGGGCUUACGAAUGGUCACUAGGCGUAAAAUCAAUCGCCUGGAGUCCCAGCAGUCAAUUCUUGGCAAUUGGCAGCUAUGAUGAAAAGGUGCGUAUCUUGAACCAUGUAACUUGGAAGAAGAUCACAGAGUUUGAGCAUCCAGCAACCAUUGCUAAUACCAAGACUAUUGUGUAUAAAGAAGUGGAGAAAUCCCCAUCUGUUGAAACAGAGAGACUUUCUUUCCCUCCAACAAGAGCAUUGGCUAGUUCUCUCUUCAGCACAGAAAGUAAAUAUGACAUUUCCCAGGUGCCAGUUUCUUUACAGUAUAUCAAACCAGUUGCUGACAGGGCCAAUCCCAAAAUGGGAAUUGGGAUGUUGGCAUUCAGUCCAGAUAACUGUUUCCUGGCAACCAAAAACGAUAACAUUCCUAACGCUGUCUGGAUUUGGGACAUUCAAAAGCUGAAACUGUUUGUAGUCUUAGAGCAGCUGUGUGCGAUCCAAUCUUUCCAGUGGGAUCCACGACAACCUCGACUUGCUGUGUGUACAGGCAAUAGCAAAGUCUACUUAUGGUCCCCAGCGGGCUGUGUGUCAGUGCAGGUUCCAAUGGAAGGUGACUUCCAGAUUGUGUCUCUCUCCUGGCAUUCUAGUGGAGACUCUAUGGCGCUUCUGAGCAAGGACAACUUUUGUUUGUGUUACUUAGAAAGAGAAGAGGUGAAAUAACAAUCAUUUGCAUUAAAAAUGCUUGCAAGGUUGAGGAGGAAUGAAGAAAGGGUUCAAACCCUGUUGCCCAAUCUGAAGUUUCUGUAUUUAUAAAAUAUUUAUUUGAAGGAGUGUACCCAAACUCCAGUGUGUAAAGUACUGUGAUUGCAUUUGAAUGAAGUGAGGUAGCAACUGAAAUGUAGAGAACGAGGUCUGGAUUUCAAGAAAACUUUAGUAUUGAUGUAGUUGAACUUUCUCUUCAACUUUGAACUAUGAAAUCUUACUUUCUAAAAUUGUAGCUGUGUGUAUAUAAUGUAUAGCUAUUAUUUAAAUUUUGUAAUUUCCAAUAAAUAUUUUGAUAGUUACAAAUUUGGUAUGACUCUAACUAUAAACCUGCA